AUGCAGAUGGCUUCCGAAUGCCCUCUGCCCGUGAAUACCAAUCUGACAACUGGUGCAGUUGCUGACUUCAAGAUGAUCGGAACGGUUGAACGAAAUCCGGAUGAAAAACAUCAGCAAAAAAUGUUUCAUCCGGGCCUCGAGGUACCGUUCGGACAGUUGGGAGGCCGCGAGAACUUCCCACAACUACCUAUGGAUAAUCCGUUUGAACGUGCUCAAGGUGAAUCGUCCGGAAAUCUCUUAUCUGGCUACAAUUUUCUGGCCAAUCAGAUCUACCGAUCCGUUUCUAAUCCACUCUACAAAUUGGUCAGAACCGUUGAGAACGCAGGAGGUGAAGGCGGUCAGUCGGGGAAUUCGAAACAGUUAGCCGAAGAGGACCGGGGCUUUCCGAGCUACCUUCAGUCCGCCAAUGGGGCACCACAUAAUUACAAAUUUUACAAUACUGUGUCCGCCAUGGAAGCCUCACUGAAGCCCCAAUCAACCGGUCUGAACAUAGGUGCCUGCAUGAAGUUUGAGCCAUCUGGUACUUCGGACGGUUCAAGUACUGCCAGAGGCAAUGCUGCGAACGAUAUGACUUCAACGGGACCAUGCAGUAACUUCAAUGCCUUGCGUUGUUGCGAUGAAUAUCCGGAGGGAGAAGUCCCACAGAACCCAACCGGUCGCCUUCACACCUCCAGUGCAUCCGCAGCCGCACCGGUGGCACAACCCCCGCGACGACAAAACCUAAACAUCUGGGAAUUACCCACCGUCCAUCAGUGGUAUCCUGCAGCACACCAGCGUCCAGGUCAACAGAGAGCUCACGAAUCAGCUGCAGCUUGCCACUCAGCAGACCCCUACAACGGUAUUAAUUGGUCGAAUAGUACUAGUUCAGGCAUGCAAAAAGCUCUUCCCAACCCCUUUGCCUCAAUAUCUCUUGGUCUCAAUAACCCCAACAACAACAACAACAACAUAAGUACCUCUAAGCAGUCGGCGGUUUACAAUACUAAGAGCGAAACACCAUCGCCAGUUCAGUCACCGGUCAGUGGUAAACCCUUCACGCCCGCUGAUGUGCUCUCCUCUAGUGCAGGUCACAUUGCCCAACGAUACCCUCAUCAAUACUUUCAGGACUGGGCAGAUGCGAACAGUCUGCGAGACUGUGUCUACUAUCCCUCCUUUGAAAACACUGCUGGAAUGCCUGCCGCAGGCUCCAACAUUCCGUCACCCCGAGCCGAGGAG